AUGCGCUGCCUGGCACUGUGGAUCGCGUUUGCCUGCCUGUGCCUGAGCACCGGUGUGGUGGGCGAUCAACUGUACGGAGGGGGGUCAAGCAGCGUGGUGAGCCUCUUCACAACAUGGGCGGCCAAUUAUCCCUACAACACUGAUAGCGUGAGCAUCGGGUACUCGGAGGCUGACACCGCGACGGCCCAGGCGAGCUACGAGCUGGGCCUCAUAGACUUCGUCAGCCUCGACAGCCCCGUGAACUCGAGCACCCUCGCCGGCCUCCGGUCCAUGCAGCUGCCCAUCGCCGGCGGUGCCAUCGUGGUGAGCUACAACCUGGCCGGCUACCUCACCCCCGGCGUCGACGCCCUCUACCUGGACCUGCCCACCCUUGCCGCCAUCUGGAUGGGCUCCAUAACCAGUUGGAAUGACUCGCGUAUUGCGAGCCUCAACACGCCGGCCGUGGCUGCCCUGCUGCCGUCACUCAACAUUGAGCUCGCGUUACGCAGCACGUCCUCGCUCGGCCUCAACGCAGUUUUCGCCCGCGCCCUCUCCGCGGUCGACCCCUCCUUCUCCGCUGCGCUUGCCGCCGCCGGUGGCCACCUCGAAGGCCUGGCCAACAAUGCCGUCGUCUUCCCCAACACCACCUCCGCCCUCACCAGCGUCAAGGCGACUGUGGGAAGCAUGACCAUCAGCAGUUGGGCGGCGGCCAAGAGCGCGGGCACGACCUUCGCAUCGAUGGUGAACCGCGCUGGAAAGAAGGUGGCGCCGUCGACGGCCUCGGUGCAGGCUGCCAUGUACGACUACCGAGCUAUCUUUGACAGCGGCGCGCAGGCGGCCGACAUCUUCAACGGCAACGGGACGGCGUCGUGGCCCCUGGCCUACCUGCAGUACGUGGUGCUGAACAAGAACGUGAGCACCCUGGCCUGCUCGCCGAUGCAGAACCUUCUGCUCUUCCUGAGCUGGACGCAGAUGAACGACUACGCCAUCAGCCUCUCCAACGCGCAGUUCUUCCCGGCCCUGGUGACCAACCUCCAGAAGCUCUUCGUCGAUUCUCUGGAGACCGUCGGCUGCUCCAACGGCGCGCAAGCGCUCCAGACCGCAGUGCUGCUCGGCGUGGGCAGCCCACAGCCGCUCUUCUCCGCCUGGGCGUAUGAGCUCGUACCCUUCUUCCACCUUCCUCGUCAAGUACUACCAGCAAACGACAACGCCGCAGUUACGGAGAUGACGGCCCAGGACGUGGACUUUGGCGUCACCGCUGUCGGCCUCACUGACGCCGAAUCUGCGGCGAUGCCCGACGUGGUGCUGUUCCCGGCGGUGGCCUCGCCAGUCGUUCCGGCCUACAACCUGCCGGAGCUCCUCGGCAAGCCGCCGCUGGUGCUCAACUUUCAGAUCCUGAGCGACAUCUACCUGGCGCACAUCAGCCACUGGAACGACUCGGCCAUCGCCGCCCUCAACCCCGGCGUGACCUUGCCCAACCAGCCCAUCUACGUCAUCGUGCAGAACAUGUCGUCGGUCAGCAAUUUCCUGGCCACCUCGGCCCUGGCCGGCACAGUGCCCGAGUUCAACACCACGGUCAACUUCCCGGUCGCGAACACCAGCCGUUGCAUUGUCACGCCAUCGACCAACGUGCCUGACUUGCUCGCCGCCAAUCGCUAUUCGUUCGCCUUCUGGUCCUACUACCCCGUUCUCCAGAAGCGCGUGCUUCAGUCCGCGUCGCUGGUUAACCUGGCCGGAACAGGCGUGGUAUCGCCAGGUAAAAGCAACGAGAGCUGGCCCAUCGCCACGGUGAUAUCGGUCAUGGUCCUUCGUACGCAAAUGAAGAACUGUGAUAAGGCCGCAGCAUUGGCCGAUUGGAUACUGUGGACACAGACCAGCACGCUCGCCUCGCAGGUGGCCGGCCAUUUCGGCCAAACGACGGCCAGCAUGGCUUCGGUCAUGAAGAAGAUUGUGUUAACAGAGCUGACAACGUUGACGUGCGACGGCAUUCACGUGAGCAGCGUCCACGGCUGCGUUAAAGACGGUGUACUCUGCAACGACGUCGGCACAUGCGUCAACCAGGCGUGCGUAUGUAACUCAGGCUGGACGGGCGAAUUCUGCCAGGAAGUCGUGAGUUCCAGUUCUGGCAGCAGUGACCUGGCGCUCCCCAUCGCCCUCGCUGUGAUCAUUCCGAUAGUGGUGCUCCUGGUGCUGCUCUUGGCGAUCUUCUUUUGCUGCCUGCUCUUCUUCGUGCGCAAGUCGCGCGUGCAUGAUGACUGGUCCAUCAACUUCGAGGAGCUCGAGCUGCAGGACCUUCUGGGUGCUGGCGGAUAUGGCGAGGUGUACAGAGCAGUGUGGAAAGGAACUGAGGUCGCCGUCAAGGUGAUGUCCUCCAAGGACGUGACUAAGGACAUGGAGAGAAACUUCAGGGAGGAGGUGAGCCUGAUGACCUUGUCCCAACUGGUGCGCGUGAUGACGGCGUUGCGGCACCCCAACGUGGUGCUCUUCAUGGCCGCCUGCACCAAGCCACCCAAGAUGUGCAUCGUCAUGGAGUACAUGGCGCUCGGCUCCCUAUAUGACUUGCUGCAUAAUGAACUGGUGCCGGAACUGCCAUUUGCGCUGAUCUGCAAGAUCGCCUACCAGGCGGCCAAGGGCAUGCACUUCCUGCACUCGUCGGGCAUCGUGCAUCGCGACCUCAAGUCUCUUAACCUGCUGCUCGACAACAAAUGGAACGUCAAGGUGGGAGACUUUGGGCUGACCAAGUUCAAGGGUCAGUUGGGCAAGAGCGUGGUCAAGGACGUGCAGGGCACUGUCCAGUGGCUGGCACCAGAAGUACUGCAGGAGGCUCCCGAGAUCGAUUACAUUCUGGCCGACGUCUACAGCUUCGGUAUCAUCCUCUGGGAGACUCUCACCCGCGAGCAGCCCUACUACGGAAUGACGCCUGCGGGUGUGGCGGUGGCGGUAAUCCGUGACAACAUACGACCGCCCAUUCCGGCCGGCGCACCGCCAGAGUACGCACAGCUGGUGGCCGACUGCUGGCAUGUCGAUCCGACCAUCCGGCCUACGUUCCUCGAGGUCAUGAAUCGGCUCGUGACCAUGUCCGGCUCGUCCCUCACCCAGUCCAGUCACUCCUCCACCGCCUCCUCAUCAUCCAUCGCGUCUGGCCCCAAGGACCACUUGGCGUCGUGGAUCGUUCGUGCGGGCAAGUCUUCCGAUACGUCGUCCGACUACGGUUCGGCCUCGAGCAAAUCGGACCCCAAGGCGCCCAUGGGCGGGCGACUGGACGGUACGGCGGAGCACGCGCCGCGCGGCGAGGUGGCCAUCGUGUUCUCCGACAUCACCUGCUCGGCCACGCUGUGGGAGUUCGACCCGAGCGCCAUGCGCGACGCUACGAUCCUGCACAACGAAAUCGCACGCGACGCGCUCAAGCGGCACAACGGGUACGAGGUCGUGGCCUUUAGCAAGGACAGCUACCGCAACUCGGGCGAGGGGUCCUUCUGCCUCGCCUUCCAGCACAUCGAAGACGCCCUGGAGUGGUGCAUGGAUGUACAGGCGGCUCUUCUUCACGCCAGUUGGCCUGAAUCUCUCCUCAAACAUCCCGGUGCGGCUGAAGAAGGCGACGAACGAACGCUAUUCAACGGCCCGCGGGUCCGAAUGGGCGUGGCGGUGGGAAAUGCGAAGACGGUGAGGGAUCCGAUGACCCGACGCCUGGAAUAUCUGGGGCCGGUGGUCAACCACGCAGCGUUCCUGACGUCGCGGAGCCACGGCGGACAGGUCCUCCUCUCCGCGGCCGCCCACGAAAAGGCCCGAGAAACGCCGCUGGGCAAGGAGAGAAAGCGCAUCAUCGCGCUGGGGACGAUUGAGACGCCCGACUCUGGAGCUACAGGAGGAGAGCGGGUGUACGAGCUGAAGAUUCGAGGGCUGGAGGGCCGGUUCUUUGGCGGGGUCAUGAUGGGCGAUGCGUCGUCGACGACUGGCACCGGGACCAGCCAUUCGGGAAGCGGCCGGGCAGACCGCGACGACGAUUGGGUGGAACCAACGAAGACGGGCGACGACGAGUAUCAGAUGACGCAUCGACCGGACGUUGCCUACCACGAAGACAACUUCCUCACGUCGGCCAACCUCUGCCGGUGGAUCAUCAACUUCGAGGACAUCCAGAUGGGCCGGCAGGUGGGCCUGGGCUCCUACGGCGUCGUGUACCGCGGUCGGUGGAAGGGCGUCGAGGUGGCGGUGAAGCGGUUCAUCAAGCAGAAGCUCGACGAGCGAUGCAUGCUCGAGUUCAGGGCCGAGAUGGCCUUCCUCUCGCAGCUGCACCACCCCAACAUCCCGGCCAUCAUACACCGCGACCUCAAGCCGUCCAAUCUGCUGGUGGACGAGAACUGGAACGUGAAGGUGGCCGACUUCGGGUUCGCGCGCAUCAAGGAGGAGAACGCGACCAUGACCCGCUGCGGCACGCCCUGCUGGACCGCGCCAGAGGUACUGCGCGGUGAGAAGUACUCUGAGUCGGCUGACGUGUACAGCUUUGGUAUCAUCAUGUGGGAGGUCUUGACGCGUAAGCAGCCCUAUGCCGGCCUCAACUUUAUGUCAGUGUCACUUGACGUGCUGGAAGGCCGCCGGCCGAAAGCGCCAACUGAUUGUCCCAGCGGUAUGUAG